UUACGACACUUGUGACAAACCAGAAGUGUCAACCGCUGGCUGCAGCUCCUGGGGACACGGGUGUUUUUUGUUGCAGUACCCGGAGAAAACAAACACCAAACGACACGGACAUGUGACACCGUAAAGACGGUCACACUCCGCCGGCGAAGGAUACGACGGUGACCACGAUGCGGGGAAGAACGACCGCUUUCAGGCAGCUUUCGUUCGCGGCCCUAGCCACCGAGCUAAGCUAACUCACCCGGAAGCUGGUUAUCAAAGCUUGUUUUUGUGGCUUUACGCCUGAGGGAACAUGAUUUGAGAGUGAGUUGAAGUCCAUGUGACGUGUAUGGACUUUGAUCCUGAGCAGCGUGGGUACAGUGUUGACUCGCGGACCUGGGAUUCUCUGACCUGAAAAUAAAAUGUGGCUCCAGCAGAGACUGAAGGGGCUGCCGGGCUUGUUGUCGAGCAGCUGGGCGAGAAGGCUCACCAUAGGUCUGCUGCUCUUCCUCAUCUUCUACUGGUACCUGGGGGCGGAGCGCAGGUGGACGCUCUUCAGCAACUCGGCCAUGGCUGGCGGGGCAGCUGGACAGUGUCUGCAGACUGAAAUCCACAGGUGGAAGUCCCUGGUGGAACGAGGAGAGGGGAUCUACAGGACACCUCAGGAACAGCUAGUCACACCUUUUGUAUCAGGUAAUGGUCACAUUCUGCUUGACAUUGACUCUAACAAACUGUGGGUGGCCUCGUCUUCGCAGCCCGGCAUGGCCCCGGUCCACCAGACUGAGUUUUCCCCAAGAGUCGGUGUGCAUCCGGAGGGGAAUCGAGCCGAGGCCCAGGCCAGCAUCCUGUUGUUCAGGAAAGGAUCGGUGCUGUCAGUCCGCUGUGUACUGCAGUCAUCCCAGGACUGUGUCACCAUCAGAGAGGAGUUCAUGGCACACAGGAGCAGACCCAACGUCUACCUGCAGCGGAUCCACAUCAACAACCCGUCUGACAGAGUCGCCUCGCUGGACGUUUCUUCUGACAAUCCCACCUUCGGUAGCAAGUUCUCCACCACUGUGGAGAAACUGGAGGACACAGACAUACUGCUGUCCGCUGGCAGAGUGCCUGUGGAGAGUAAUCGCAUAGUGCUGGUAGUGGUGGUCACCAAAAAGGUGAGCAGCAGGAUUCAGGUCAGUGCAAAGUCAGAGUACACAGACAACAUCCUGUCAGUGGUGUGGACCUCACAGCCCAUCGAUUCCUCCAAGCUGGAGGAGACCUUCAGUUCCCUCAGGGAAGGAGCCAAAAAGGAAAUGGGGGAGCUGCUAAGCACCAGUGUGGAUGAUCUGGUGGCAGAUCACCAGCAGGCCUGGAUGGAUCUCUUUAUUUCAGGUGUCGAAAUGAGGAAGAUCACAGACUCCCACACACCAUCGAGCCGCACAGUCAACACCACCCUCUACUACAUCCUCUCCUCCUCCACUGCUCCCCUUCUGGACCACAGGCUGGUCAGCGAGGAGCGCGCACGCCUCGAGUCCAGCCUCAACUACGCUGACCACUGCUUCAGCGGCCACGCCACCAUGCACGCAGAGAACCUGUGGCCCGAGCGUGUGAGCAGCACCGCGCAGAUCCUGCAGCUUGUCACGCUGUGGACCCUGACUCUGCAGAAGAGAGGCUGCAAGGUGCUGGUGGCGGCGGGGGCCCACGGAGCCAUGCAGGGCAUGGUGCUCAGCUUUGGCGGCCUCCAGUUCACGGAAAACCACCUUCAGUUCCAGGCUGACCCGGACGUGCUGCACAACAGCUACGCCCUGAGAGGGAUCCACUACAACCAGGACCUCAUCAACCUGGCCGUGCUGCUGGACAUGGACGGGAAGCCGUUUCUUCACGUGUCGGUGAAGCAGCAGGAGCAGCCAGUGAAGCUGUACGCCUGCGAGGCCGGCUGCCUCAACGAGCCCGUGGAGCUGACAUCCGAGAUCAAAGGCCAUACCUUCCCUGUGAUGGUGACUCAGCCGAUCACCCCGCUGCUCUAUAUCUCCACAGACCUGCGUCACCUGCAGGACCUGCGCCACACGCUGCACCUUAAGGCCAUCCUGGCCCACGAGGAGCACAUGGCGAACAGAUACCCAGGCCUGCCCUUCCUCUUCUGGUUCAGCGUGGCCUCGCUUAUAACGCUCUUCCACCUUUUCCUCUUCAAGGUCAUAUACAACGAGUACUGUGGCCCCGGCGCCAAGCCCCUCUUCAGGAGCAAGCAGGUUGCCAGCAAAAGUGAGGAUGCCUGCUGCGACACCAGUGACACUGCUUGCACACAGUCAACGUGCAGCGGUGGUUCUGCUUGAGCUUUUGGCAGCUUGAUGGCAGAUGGUAGCAUGGCUGUGCUGGUGUUCAGUGAGAGGUCACGGUCAGGCGUUGUUGUCGGCUGUCGACAUGUCACAGCUUAAACUGGCUGCUUUUAAUAAUGAGUGACAUCUGCUGGUGAGAAGCGGCACGGGGCAGGAGGUUAUCGCUGCCCGCCGACAGCCCAGACUGUAAGUACUUAAAGCUCCAGUGCAUAACUUCUUAAUCACACGCCACUCAGGCCACUCAGGCACAGCUGUCUCACUUUACUCACGCUAUAUUGCUCUUGUGAUUCUGCCGCCUUGCUUCUGUCAGUCGCAAGGGAAAAACGGACCACUUCCUGUGUGCAGUGCUUUGGAUUUUUAUACUCUACAUCUUAUUGGGAAACACAGAUUGAUUGACAUUAUGUGGCUGGAAUGUACGGUACCUUUGUUUAUAUUUAAAAGUUUUUGCACUACAGCUACUUUAUGUUUUUGUUCUUCGGGGUCUUCUGUGAUUCUAGGUUUAAAAAGACACGUGUCCACACUUGAGCUGGGGACACACGACUACACAGUCGUCACAGUCGAGUGGUUUCCUCUGACGAAAGACAUCAAACUCUCGCAAGAGCGUCCACCUCUGCGCUACUUCCCGUGUCUUCUGACACCAUUUCCUGUGUCCCACCUACUCUUUUUUCAUUGGCUGUUUACAGUUGGGGUUGUUUGACUGCGACUGAGGCCAACUGUCCCCGACUACUACUGCCUGGUGCAGACUCUGCCCAGCUGUGUAUCCAGGGUAAAAUCGGGGCAAAAAAAUCCUAGUAGUGCGUCACAGCUUUCAGGAUUUCUUGUGCAACUGCUUCAUUUUCCCCAAGAAUGUAAAAGGAGACGAACGCUCUGGGAGCAAAAGUCUUAAAUUCAAUAGGAAAAUUAUCCUAAAAAAUUGGGUCAGUGGAGCUACUCGCAGCUCACAGCACCACCAAUUUUUCUCUACUGGACUUGAAGCUGCAGUCGGCAGGAUCACAAGAGAUAUAGUUGCUUUUUUGGGUCUCAUAUUUUGGAACAGAGGCUUUGUGAAACUGAGCUGCACUGUGAUUAAUCAAACUACCGUCAACAGGACAGACUUCUGUAAACAGGAGGAGAUGAGAUCACUUGAAUUAACAUAAUGCUGAAAGCUUAUUUUGAAAUGAUUGAUAAAUACCGGAAAAAAGACAAACACGCAGAAUCUGUUCAAAUACUUAGGAAAAAAUAAGGAAAAAGGAUUUUUUUUUUAUUAGAACAGCCGCAUAGAGGAGGUUUAUUAUACAGAGUUAAAGCUGCUUUUAGAGACGUCGUCUGUUGGCGAACUUCCCGCCCUCCCUCAUUCCGUUAUCUCAUGAACACAUUUGAAAAGGGGAGGGGCCUUUUAUUUACUGACAAACAGCAGAGACGACCGCCUCCCUGUGGAGUCUGGCUCCUGAUUGGAUAAAGUGUUGUGUCCUAUAUUGACUGUCGGACUCCUUAAUUUCUCUGAACAAACACUCCAGCCCAGUGACAGCUGUUACUGUCACUCACUGACUGCAGCUUUAAUUCACCCAGAGAGGUUUUACUAAUCAAACUGUACACUGAAAGUAAAUCAUUCAACAUAACCAUGUCACUUUGACACAUGGUGGUGGAAGCAGACAUUUCAUCCAAGUUCACUCAUUCACUGGCUGUUAGAAUGACAGAGUAGUUUCCUAGAGUAGAAUAAGGUGGAAAUCAUUCAUGUUUUUGUUUUUUUUUCCUCUUCUCUUUGUGACUCAAUCCAAUCUCUAAUAACGUUAUGUGAACUACUGAGUCUGCCUUAAUGAAGAAAUGAAGAAGAUAAUUUAUUGAGCUUAAACGGCCGUGAGCUGUUAUCAGAUUGUACUUGAAUGGCUCGGUGCGCGUGUGUGUGUAAAAAUGAUUUUUUUCCUGUCUGUCUUCUGCCAGGGAGAAUAAAUACUGAUUAUUGUGAGGAAA